UAUAAAAGGAGCCGACCCUUGCUCGCGGUAGAGGAGGCGCCCGAGGACGCGGAACGAGCGCGUCUCAGCCUCGCCACGACGGACCUCGAGGACGGGGACGAGGGCGAGGACGACGGCGCGGGUGGCUGAGGAAAGAUGAGGAACCUACUGCUGACGCUGGGCCUCUUGUUCGCCGCCCAAGGUCCUGGCCGGUGCGCAUCCGACGACGACAGCCAGGAGGACAGGGACUUCGAGCCCUUGGACAGGGGGCCCUAUUUCGACGUCGCCGCUUCCCACAACGUGACGGCCCUCGUCGGGAAGACUGCUGUUCUGAACUGCCGCGUGAGAAAUUUAGGAGACCGCACGGUGUCCUGGGUGCGGCACCGAGACAUCCACCUGCUGACGGUGGGGAUCGACACGUACACCUCGGACCAGAGGUUCGUCGCCUCGCAUUUCCCCAGGACCGAGGACUGGACCCUCCAGGUGAAGUAUCCGCAGCGUCGGGACUCCGGGACAUACGAGUGCCAGGUGUCGACGACGCCCCCCAUAGGACACUCGAUGCACCUCUCGGUAGUCGAGCCCGUCACGUCGAUCGUGGGAGGCCCGGAGAUGUACAUAAACAGGGGCAGCACUAUGAACCUCACCUGCGUCGUCCGCCACAGCCCGGAACCUCCACCAGCCAUCUACUGGACGCACAACGAUAAGGAGAUAAAUUACGACAGUCCCAGGGGGGGCGUAUCGGUGAUCACGGAGAAGGGCGAGAUCACCACGUCCUACCUCCUGGUCCAGCGGGCCCAACCUGCCGACAGUGGGCAGUACACUUGCCACCCCAGCAACGCCAACACCAAGACCGUGCAAGUCCACGUCCUGAAUGGUGAGCACCCCGCGGCCAUGCAGCACGGGGGCCAACUCAGGCUAGCCAACCCGCCGUUCGUCAUCCUGUUGGCGAGCUUACUGGCGUUCGUGAACCACCGUCAUUGAGGCCGGCGCCGCGGCUUCCGUCCGCGUCCAGUCCCUUGGCUCGCAUCGGCCGAGCCGGCGCCCAAUGAGCGAGGAGUUCCGGCCGCUCGACCAAUGGGGACCGCCAAGGUGGAGGGUAGCGCCAGGGUAGCGCGCGAGGAGUGUGCACCCAGGGAGAGGGAGAACCCCGGCCCAGGAUCGAGGACGCUCCAUAUUUUUACCUAACCUCCCGCACCCACCCCCGGCGGGGUGCACGCGUGCACCGCCUCCAUUUGUCUCGACCUUCCCUGCAGAUCCGAGCGCAAUCUCGAACCUCGAGGUAGGUAUAUCUCCCGCGGAGGUUCGAAUGUGCCUCGCUUUAUGCCCGACCUCGCUCCUCCUUUACGUAACCCACCGGUGAGGCCCGGAACUACGUUUUCGCCAGCUCCUUCCGCCUUAUUUAUCCCUCUCUCUCUACUUGAAGAUUUGCGCACGGGCGCUCAUUUAUAAUUCGAUACCCACGGGGUCACGAGGAGGAUGGCGUUCCCCACCUCGUCCUUUUCCAGCUCGCCGUGGAGAACGGAGCUAGGGAGACGCGGGGGCUAACCUUUCGCACGCUAUCCGGUACACUUAAUAGACCCGUAGACAUAAAUUCAGAUUUAAGUGCAGCCUCGAACGUAACGCCGGCAUUACGAUGUCUUCCCAUUAGGAGGGGACCCCCCGCUGCCGGCUCUCUUCCCUGAACGCCCUCGGCUCCCACCUGCGAGUACUUGCACGCACCUCGAUGCACCUGCCCGCACCUGCACCGACCCACCCUGCCUUCCUGCAUCGCGCUCCACGGGAUUACCCUCGAAUCGCAUCCUCCAAAGCCCCCUGUCUACGUCCUCCGUCGAGGCAUCCUUAUGCAAGACCCUUAUCGACG